AUGUCUGGCAAAGAACCUUGCUAUGGUGUCGCUUUCAGAUCUUUAGUGACCAGUGACGAAGAUCUUUUCAAAAAAACUGUCCAGUUUUAUCAUUCCUUAGGUUUCGCCACUAUCAAGGAUUUCAACAAGUUUAAACACGGCGAAAACUCUCUUCUAGCUUCCGGUACUUCUGAAGAUUCUUUAAGAGAAGUUUGGUUAGAAUCCUUUAAAUUAAGUGAAAUCGAUGCUGCUGGCUUCCGUGUUCCACAACAAGAAGCUUCCAAUAAAGAACAAUCUCAAGGUGCUUUGUUAAAGAUUCGUCUUGCUAUUAAAAAGGACGAAAUUCCAUUCACUCAAGAUUCUUUGGAAAUCACCUAUUUCUCUACUGAAUUACAGACUUUAUUAUCUAACUUCCAACCAGCUAAGAUUAAUGACAACUUAUUCUCUUUAGUCGAUCCAUUAGAUAAUAAAAUCUUCUUCACCAAUUUCGCUUCUCCAUUAGAUAACCAACCAACUUCUAAAGAAUUCUUCUUGAACCCCAUCGAUUCUAAGACCAAUUCUGCAUCUUCCAACGCUACCUCCACCUCCUCUACUAGCGAAGAUGCCUUGACUAAAUUAAAGACCUCUUUGGGCUCUUUGAAACCUAAGAAGAAGAUUGCAGUCAUGACCUCUGGUGGUGACUCUCCAGGUAUGUGUGCUGCUGUUCGUGCCGUCGUUCGUACUGGUAUCCAUUUCGGUUGUGACGUUUACGCUGUAUACGAAGGUUACGAAGGUUUGUUAAGAGGUGGUGAACUUUUAAAGAAGAUGAAAUGGGAAGACGUCAGAGGUUGGUUGUCUGAAGGUGGUACUUUAAUCGGUACUGCUCGUUCUAUGGAAUUCAGAAAGAGAGAGGGUCGUAAGAGAGCUGCUGGUAAUUUGAUUAGAGAAGGUAUUGAUGCUCUUGUUGUCUGUGGUGGUGAUGGUUCUCUAACUGGUGCCGAUUUAUUCAGAUCUGAAUGGCCAUCUCUGGUUGAAGAAUUGGUUGCUGAUGGUGCUUUCACUGAACAACAAGUCGCUCCAUACAGAAACCUAACCAUUGUCGGUCUUGUUGGUUCCAUCGAUAACGAUAUGUCUGGUACUGAUUCUACCAUUGGUGCUUACUCUGCCUUGGAAAGAAUCUGUGAAAUGGUCGACUACAUCGAUGCUACUGCUAAAUCCCACUCUAGAGCCUUCGUUAUCGAAGUCAUGGGUAGACACUGUGGUUGGUUAGCCUUAAUGGCCGGUAUUGCUACUGGUGCUGACUACAUCUUCAUCCCAGAAAGAGCUGUACCACACGGUAAAUGGCAAGAAGAAUUGAAACAAGUUUGUCAAAGACACAGAGAGAAGGGUAGAAGAAACAACACCAUUAUUGUCGCUGAAGGUGCUUUAGAUGAUCAAUUAAACCCAGUCACCGCUGAACAAGUCAAGGAUGCUUUAAUCGACUUAGGUUUAGAUACUAAGGUCACCAUCUUGGGUCAUGUUCAAAGAGGUGGUACUGCUGUAGCCCACGACAGAUGGUUAGCUACUUUACAAGGUGUUGAUGCUGUCAAGGCCGUCUUGGAAAACACCCCAGAAACCCCAUCUCCAUUGAUUGGUAUCUUGGAAAACAAAAUUAUCAGAAUGCCAUUGGUCGAAUCAGUCAAAUUAACUAAGUCUGUUGCUGAAGCCAUCGAAAACAAGGACUUUGACAAGGCUAUCAGUUUAAGAGACACCGAAUUCAUCGAACUUUAUGAAAAUUUCUUAUCUACUACUGUUAAGGAUGAUGGUUCCCAAUUAUUACCAGACAAUGAAAGAUUGAACAUUGGUAUUGUCCAUGUCGGUGCCCCAUCUGCUGCUUUAAAUGCUGCUACAAGAGCUGCCACUCUUUACUGUUUAUCCCAUGGUCACAAACCAUACGCUAUCAUGAACGGUUUCAGUGGUUUAAUCCAAACUGGUAACGUUAAAGAGUUAUCUUGGAUCGACGUUGAAAACUGGCACAACAUGGGUGGUUCUGAAAUUGGUACUAACAGAUCCGUUGCUGCUGAAGAUAUGGGUACCAUUGCUUACUACUUCCAAAAGUUCAAAUUUGACGGUUUAAUUAUCCUUGGUGGUUUCGAAGGUUUCAAAUCCUUGAAACAAUUGAGAGAUGGUAGAAAAGAACACCCAAUUUUCAACAUCCCAAUGACUUUGAUUCCAUGUACCAUCUCCAACAAUGUUCCAGGUACUGAAUACUCCUUGGGUGUUGACACCUGUUUGAACUACUUGGUUAACUACACUGAUGACAUCAAGCAAAGUGCUUCUGCUACCAGAAGAAGAGUCUUUGUUGUGGAAGUUCAAGGUGGUCACUCAGGUUACAUCGCCUCCUUCACUGGUUUAGUUACUGGUGCUGUCUCUGUCUACACUCCAGAAGAUAAGAUCAAUUUGGCUUCUAUCAGGGAAGAUUUAACCUUAUUAAAAGAGAACUUCAGACACGAUAAGGGUGAAAACAGAAAUGGUAAGAUUGUUAUCAGAAAUGAAGAGGCUUCUAGUGUCUACAGCACUGAAUUGAUUGCCAAUAUUAUCUCUGAACAAAGCAAGGGUGUAUUCGGUGUCAGAACUGCCAUCCCAGGUCACGCUCAACAAGGUGGUGUACCAUCUUCUAAGGACAGAGUCACUGCUUCUAGAUAUGCUGUCAAAUGUUGUAAAUUCAUUGAAAACUGGAACAAGAAAAACCAAGCUAAAUCUCCCGACUCUGAUGUUCACAUAUUGAGAUUCACCUUCAAUGCUCAAGGUGAAAAGAUUUCUACAGUCGAAAACGAAGAUGACUCUGCUGCGGUUAUUUGUGUUAACGGUUCUAAGAUCUCCUUCAAACCAAUUGCCCACCUAUGGGAAAACGAAACUGACGUGGAAUUAAGAAAGGGUCAAGAAGUCCAUUGGAAUGAAUUCAACAAGAUCAGCGACAUUCUUUCCGGUAGAUUAAAAUUAAGAGCCGAAGUGGCUGCUGCUGAAAACCAACGCCGCUUCUAA